GCUCUCAGAAGACUGUGGAGGUACUCUGGUUCUUCACUGUUAGCACUACACGAUGGCACAGGAGAAUAUUUACGGGAAUAUUUCGACCGUUCAACAUCAAAUGGAAAGGAUUAGACAAGAGAGCGAUUUCCCAGCUGAAACGUUUGGUCAUGGCAUCAGCGAUCGACAGGCCAUUUAUAAUAAGUUUGAUAUUGACGACGAACAAAGGAAAAAAGGCACUAAAGGUUUCAUUGUCAGCAGGUGCAUUGUGUCCGCCAUGCUGGUGGUGCUUGCAUUGAUGUUGGCUGCUGUGUUCUCCUUCACAUUUGUUAAAUACUCAGAGAUGUCUGCAACAAUACAGCGCCUGGAUAUGGAAGUGUCACUCAUAAGGGAGAACGGCUCUUCACAAAUGAGGAAGGUAGAAUCAGAUAUCCUUCAGCUGAAAACAGAAGGCUCUUCACAAAUGCAGAAGGUUGAAUCGGACAUUCUCCAGCUGAAAUCAGAAGGCUUCGAGGUCUCUUUGGAUGUAAAGAAGUUAGAAAGGAAUAUUUCUCAACUGAAAGAUGCAGAUGUGCAGAUUUGGACAGAUGUUCAGAACCUGGAAAAGGCUUUUUCAAGCCUAAGAUCUCAAGUGUGUGUCUUCAGGACCUGCCCAUGUGACUGGAAGGAGUUCAGUGGAAAGUGCUACUACUUUUCCAAGGGCGAGAGGGACUGGCAGAAAGCAGAGGAAUUCUGUUACAAUCAAGACGCUGUGCUUGCAAUGGUCAAAACCCAACAAGAGCUGAACUACAUAGGAAGCCAAGUCUCAACAGAUCACCAUCUUGGACUGAGCGACCUGGAAUCAGAGAGUAACUGGAAGUGGUUAGAUGGAAGUUCAGUUGCUGGCAGCCUUUGGAAUUCUGGAGAGCCGAACAACGCCGGUGAAGAAGACUGUGGAGAGAUCACUGCAGGGAAACUCAAUGACAUACCUUGCAGCGUCAAACAGCGGUGGAUUUGUGAGAAGACACUUUAGAACUGCCUGCACGCGGUUACAGUCAUUCUGAGUCUCUCUAGUCCAACCUCGGAAUUUGUUACGCCCUUUAACAUUUUGUGCUGUUUGCAAUCCUUCUGAGUCUCUUGAAUUACAAAGCCGGUGUUGAGAUGCAUUUCCUGGACCUCAGGAGCUGCUCUUCAGUUCUAGCUGCUUCUCUAUGUAACACAGGCUAGAUCAGGCAAAGUGUCUUAAUAGAAGAGCAGCGCCAUCUAGUGCUCUGCCACUUCAAGUUUUCUUUGGUGUUGCUGGUAACACUCUGCUGUGCGCUAGAUCAUUGUUGAUGCGCACUAAUAUAAAGACACUAUGCUGAUCUAGCCCGCAUACUUAUGUCUACUGCAGGCAACUAAAACUGAAAUAUAACAGCACUUCUUACUGUUUGAUUUUAUGAAGGGGUUGCGAUUCUGUUAUUCAUCAUAGUGCCACUAGGUGGCAGUGUAGGCUAGCUCAGUGACGGUCUCAGCCUCUGCUUGAGAGAGACCCGGGACUGAAUGGCAGAGAGAGGGUGCAGCUCUGAAAAAUACCUCCCUAAAUCUUCCUUGCUUUAAACUCCCAUUCAUUAUAUAGAGCAGGUCUAAAACAUGCAGCUGAAGGAACCACAAGUACUGGAAUUGGUACAGUUUGCAAG